UGGUUGAAAACGAGGAAGUCAUGGGUUGUUUGUGUUGACGGCCAAACCAAAACUGCGUUUUCCGUCAUGUCGCCGCAGAGUUUUAGUCUGUUUUUUGUAUUUGCCGUGUUAAACCUUCGCGGUUUUGCGGUGAGCGACGCAGUAAACGUCGUCGCUUCAGACUCGGCGGAAAACUUGGGAAAAGUUUCCCCUCUGAGCCCUCUUCCUGGCUCCGCUGUGGUCGACUCCCCUCCUGUGUUUACGCCUGCUGUGGGUUCUGCGUUCUUGAAUUUGCUUUCUUCCUUCCCGGAAGACUUGGAAAUCAGUGAGUACUGCUCGGAGCUGCUCCUCGUGUUUGGUCAGCGGUACGUGACUUAUGUGGACUGCCUGGUUCCUGCUGCUCGACCCGUUAAAGCCUGCCAGAACUGCUUCUCCAGCUAUGGCAGCCUUGUCGAGGUCUAUACGAACAUCUCAUCAGACCAGAUGGGUCCUGGUAAUGUGAGCUGCAGAGACAGCCUUCUGCGCAGUGAUCGGCUGAUGCUUGUUUACCAGCUGUUCAGCAGCCUACAACAUAUUUGGGAACAUUCGGCUUGUUCCUCCUGUGUCUCUAAGGGGUACCAGAGCCUCAGCAAUGACACGUUGUACUUUUUGGAUGUUCUCAAUCAAACCAUCGCCUGUUUUGACAAAUAUAAACAGGGAAACCUGACAGAUCUGUGCAGCAACUGUAAAAGCUCCUACAAGAGCCUGAAUGUCCUGUAUGGCCGAAAGGAGCUGAAUCAAACUCUGUGCAUUGACUUGGAAGAUUCGAUGAACAUGACCCGCAAACUGUGGAGCAAAAACUUCAACUGUUCCCUACCCCGCGAGGAGACGGUGCCCGUCAUCGCCGUGUCCAGCUUCAUGCUCUUUCUGCCCAUCAUCUUCUACUUGAGCAGCUUCCUUCACUCGGAACAAAAAAAACGCAAGCUCAUACACCCCAAGCGAGCGAAGUCCUCCACCAGUCUGAUGAACAUUCAGGACAAACAGAGCUGAAGAGGAGAGGAGUAUUUUUUUAUGUCAUCUGGACACCGGAGAGCUUUAACGUAAAGGACUCAGCAGCAGUCUAUCUCCAUCUUUCUCUGCAAGGAUCAAAAUUAUUUCAAACCGUUUGAUAACGGAGGUAUAGCCAUUUCCUCUAUUUUUUAAUGCAUGUAUUCAAACUCAUAAAAAUGCUUCAAUCAUUGGGAAACAUUUCUGUUUAUAAAUAAGAAAUUCAAAAACAAUGAUAAUAUUUAUGCAUCAGGAUAUAUUAUGGAGAAUUAUGCAAAUGUUCCUAUUUAAUUCUCUGACACAUCAGAAAACAAACUGACGUUCCCUUCGAUUUUUCCUGACGCUCUUACCUUUUUGAUAAGUUAAGCGGUUAAUUUGUGGAAGCAGGUUUUGUGUUGGAAUCACUGUCUGUAACUUCACAAAUUACUAAUCAGGUGGUUAAUACUUCUGCGCGGUGUCUCGUUUUAACUUGCUAACAAUCUUCAGGUUGUUAAGAGCAUCCUGCUGUCACUGUAGAGCCACUGGUUUGUUUGUGUGUGUGUGUGUGUGUGUGUGUGUGUGUGUGUGUGUGUGUGUGUGUNUGUGUGUGUGUGUGUGUGUGUGUGUGUGUGUGUGUCUGUGUGUGUGUGUGCUCUAUUUAUGGAUGGAGAAAUGGGUUUUCUGUCUCUAAUGUAUGUCCAGAAGAGAGCUGCAAAAAGGAAGCACUUGAUGUCCAUUAGUGGUGACAUGUAACUGCUGGAAGAAGGAGGGGUGAGGUGUGGGGAUGCACGCUGCUAUGGUGGGGAGGGAGGAAAUAAAGACAUUACACACAAUGUAAGAGCACUCCAAAGUACCACACUGUGAUGUUACCUGUUUUUUAGUCGGUGUGUUUUGUUUUUGUCUGGUCGCGUAAAGCUUUUAAUGUGUUUUGCAGUCAUGUUCCACUGAUAUUUAACUUAAUUUGUUAAGUGUUUUGUGUUAAAAUCUUUAGGAGCGAGCUGAUGAAUGUGCGCUGGAGUCAGGUAUACCUUUUAUUUUGAAUGCAAAUAAAUCAUUUUGUAUUAUAAGCAUGGUGUUAUUGCUGCUUUAUGUAAGUGCAAACACUGUUUUGAGCUAUAAUGAGUUGAAUUUCACAUAAGUAAUAAAUAGCAAUUAAAAAUUAA